AUGGCAUUCUUGAGAUAUGCUUUCAUUCACUUCUUGAGGUUUGGUUUUAAGGCCUUUACUGUGUCGGGAAAUAGCGAUCAUAAGGACAAUUGCAAAGUGCGUCCUUUGGCUGUGAUGCUAAAAGCAGAGACGUCGCUGUUGUACUAUGUGCUCCUUCAUUUAGAGCAAACAACACAGUCGAUGAGGUAUUUUGUUUUGCAUGCAUCCUCAGGAGUGUUCGGCUCGGCCAACUACAGUCAAAGUAGGGACACCGCUAUCGAAGCUGCGUUAUCCUUCGUUUGGAGCGACGAUGCAGCUGAUGAAAGCCUCUACUGGCUUGCAAGUAAUGUUUCAUUAUUUGUAAGCAUCUGUUUGGCUUACUGCCCGAGGUUUAAUGCGCGCCACCAGAAUCAGAGCGUUUUGCUUCAGAUUGCGAGAUGUGAUACUCUCCACAAGCAGAUCUUCUUUAACUUCUAUGGGGCUGCUAGUGGUAUUGCUGUAGUCUUGCGGCGGUUUGCGUAUGACUACAAAGACCGGCGUGAUAACUCAAAGAGGCGUUACUGUUGGAUGCAUCAGAUGCGAUUGAGCUAUAUACUCCAUCAAGGGGAGAGGGAAAAGACGAAUUGCAUUCCUCUUACACAGGCGAACCAGAUGUUCAAAAGAAAACGCGCUAGUUGGGACUUCAAAAGGAGCCACUAUGGAGUUGACUCUCCCUGCGUCCGGGGGCUAAGUCAAUUGCGCCACCGUUGA